AUGACAAACAUCACGCUUAUCAUAAUCGCAGUGACGCUUACGACCGUCGCGGCACAGACGUUUCAAUAUUCCCGAGGCUGGACGAACGGAAAGAGAGAUCACAAGAGGAACGAGCAGGACAACAGGAACCUGGAUAGAAUCCUGACACCGUGUCAACUGCAGAAACUUAAGUAUUUAUUACAGGGCAAGCCGUUUUCAGAGAGGCUGAUGAUCCCUUGCGAGUAUGUAAAUGAAGACACCGACCAGCUAAAACAAUAUCAAUAUCGAGAACCGGAUGCACUUAUAGAAACAUUUCAAUAA